AUGGUGUUUCAGAACCGUCGUCAUGGCGAAAAGCUACUGAUGAUUGUGGCCAGUAUGUUAUCUUUUAGCACAGUUAAGUCAUAUUAUCUUAUUUGCUGCGCCUUAAAUACCAACAGCAAUUAUGGCAGAUACGGCAGCUACUUCGAUGGCUGUGGCAACAACAAUCGGUGCGGCGGCUACGAUAAAAAUACCGUUUACCUGAGCCCAUAUACGCCGUAUUCAUCAGUCUCCUGGGAUAUUCCAUACUACUGGAACAUAUGGAACAUUUUGAGCAAUCUAAUCAGUACCGGUAGUUUUUACGGCUACGACUAUGCCGGCAGCAGUAAUGCAAUACCGGUGAUACCACAGCAGACCAAUAUCAAUGUUCCAACGAUUAGUAGUGCUGCUGGCGGCGUGCCAAUUAUCCAGUAA